CGAUCCCAAUAUUCAGAGUUCCUGAACAAAUCUCGUUCUGUGCCCUAGUUUUUGGAAUUCAUUCGAUGGAGUUGGCGGACAAGGUGGUGGGAUUCUUGCUCUCCGCCAUUAGCCUCACCAUCUUCAUCUACUACACCUUCUGGGUCAUCAUCCUGCCAUUUGUGGAGACCGAUCACUUCAUUCAUGGGUAUUUCUUGCCGCAAGAGUUUGCCAUCUUGAUCCCUGUUUUUGCUGGAGUUGCGCUUCUUUGCUUUUUGUGCGUUUUUGUUGGGUAUGUCAUGCUGAAAUCCAAGGCGAAAAAGAAACAAACUUGAUGAAAAUUUCUGUUG